CAUUCCUUUGUCUCACCCCCAGGACUGGGCGAUGGCUCCCCGGAAUCCCCCCCGGGCCCCAUCAGCCCCCCGUUCCUCUGGGGGGGUGUCCCGGUGAAGCCAGACUCCAGGGAUGCCGAUGUCCCCACGCCAGCCCCGGGCCAGCCYUCCCCGCCCUCGGCCCCAGGACCUUCCGGAGAUGGGACAUCCCCCGUUCCCGCGGAGGGGGACGGUCUCAAUGCCACCACCGCGGUGGCGGUGCCGUCCCCCGCUCCCGUCUCGGUCACCGUGAGCACCGCSCCCGCCGGCCCCAGCUCGGAGCCAGCCCCAGCUCAGACAGCAACACUCUCCGGACUCUUGGCGAGCAGCACCGUGGAUUUGGGGGYGGCUUCCAGCCCCACGCCGUCCCCUCCCGCUUCCCUCCCCGCCGGCGACCCCUCCUCGCCCCCSGCCACGGGCUUGUCCCCAACGCCGGUGCUCGCCAGCCCUGGCGCCACCCAGCCRCCUCCGCUGGCCAAGGGUGUCCCUUCCCUGGGGACACUGGCCAUGGCAUCCAGCCUGGCCGUGGAGCCAACAUCCCCSCCAGUGACUGUGAUGGGCCCCACCCAGGGCGAGGACAGCUCCCAGAAAGCCACCGGUGUCACCGUGGAGGAGAUGCCGCGGGCCCUGAGCGCAGGGAGCAUCGUGGCCAUAACYGUGACGGUCAUCGUGGUGGUGGUGCUGGUGUUCGGGGCCGCCGCGUACCUCAAGAUCAGGCACUCCUCCUAUGGAAGGCUUUUGGAUGACCACGACUACGGCUCCUGGGGCAACUACAACAACCCCCUGUACGAUGAUUCCUAGCAGGGAUGAAGAAAAAACCCCAUAAAUCCUUAAUUUAUAAGCGCUUCUGCAGCAGAGCAUCCGCUGUCGAGGAGAUGCCGGGCACGGAGCCCCUGCCUCAGGCAGGAUCACCGCGGGUCUGGUGGACCACAGGGACUGGAGGGCGGGUGUGCAGUGCUGAMAAUAAACCUGAAUUUUGGCCUUCGA